CCCCUCGCGCCACCAGCUGCCUCCACCCUCGACGUCCACCCCGCUCAUCAUCACAACAAGCCUCCUCAUCGCGUCUCUCUUCUCCUCUCCUCCCUCUCUCAAGUCUCCUCCAUCUCUCUCCAUUCUCCCCCCUCCGCUCCCGCGGCAAGGGGGACAUACUCCCUCUCUCCUCCCCCGUUCUCCCUUCCCCCAACUUCCAUCAUCACCCUCCCACCAUGGCAUCCAUCAAGCUCAAGCUCACCCUUGGUGGAAUACGACCCUCGGCCCCCUCGACGCCGACUCCAGCUACAAACCGUGCGAAUGGAAGCGGUAAUGCUACUCCGGCAGAGUCAAGCUCCUCGCGCCUGCCCUCGGAAGGACCCUCCUCCGCACACGCGCCUCCUCUCUCCAUCGCAACGCCUAUCUCCGGCACCCCAAGCGAGGCGAGCACGCCCGAGGGCGCGCCUCCGAAGCGCAAGCGCAGCCGUCCACGAAAGCACACGUUGCCCAUGCCCACGGCGAUCCCUCCGCACGUUGCUUCACCUGCGCCCCGCGCCCGCUCCCCGUCCGUCAAGCUCGAGCACGACGACGACCCUCUCGCCUCAUGGGCACUAUCACCUAACGCCGACUACGGUACUCCCAUGGACACGAGUACGCCCGCGACUCCGUGGAGGGAGGGCAGCGAGGAUAUGACGACCUUUGCGACACGUAAGCAGUGGAAACGGGUCAAGAAGCCCUUCCGUGAACUGGCGAACAAGAUCCUUGCAGAGAUGCGACGCAAGGAUGAAUACGGAUUCUUCCUCGAGCCAGUCGACGUCGACGAGUACCCAGGCUACAUUGAAACCAUCGGCGGGCCAGAUAACGCCAUGGACCUCGGCACAAUGCAGCGGAAGAUCGACUCUGGAGAAUAUCACGGCAUCGAGGAGUUGGAGGCCGAUGCACGCCGGAUGCACGCCGCGGCGCACGCAUUCAACCUCCCCGGUACCGCCGCGUACCGCGAGGCCGACAAGGUCUUCAAGCACGGCAUGAAGCACAUCGAGCGCUCACGCCCUCUAGUUCUCACCCCCACGCCCUCACUUUCCCCUUCGGCUCGGCCAUCCCACCUCCCCGACUCUGAGCGCGCCACUCCCGGUCGUCGCGGGCGGGAGAUCAAGCCGGAGCAUCUCAUCCCUGAGGUGAUGCUCGAGUUUCCUGCCAACUCGCUCCAGGCCAAGGCUGUCGGCUGGAACCUGACCGGUGGCCGUCGCGUGCGUGCUAAGCGUCUGGUCCGUGGUCGUGAGAAGUUCUCCGGCAAGUGGCGUGACAUGCUGCCCGAUGGAAGCUUCGACGUCGCAGAGAUGGACGACCCCGCCGAUAUGUUCGAGCAUUUGCGGACGCGCAAGGCCAGUUCAUGGACGGAGGUGCCAGACUGGGUGGGGAUGGGCGAGGGCGAGGAGGAGUGGUGGGACUGGGACGGGCCAGGUGGGCCAACGGGGCAGCCGCCCCUCCCGGGCGCAGCACGACUCAAGCCCAACCCUCUGAAAAUGAAGAGGCUCGAUCUGCAGUGGGGCCGCUUCGACGAGGUAAACGCCGACAUCAGCAAAGCUCGCCUCGCGGCCCUUCCGGAAGGCCGAGCGAUGCCGCACUUUACGGAACAGGAUGAUGUCGAGCUCCUUGCGUCUCACCUGCGCCCGGACGCACCGCGUGCGCGCCCUGGUCUGCCCGCUCAGAACUUUGUGGACGUCAACGCGGGUCAGCCCGCCUCCUGCUACCUAUCAGAUCUUGCGCUCGGAGACGUCCGCGGAGAAGCGUAUGCGGCCAGCGUGCGCCGCUUCAUGGCGGGCAUCAAGACUGAUCCUGAAACACACGCCGACCUCACCAGCUACGUGGAAGAGAAGUGGCACGAGGGCGUGCUGCAGUCUCGCCUCUCGCGUAUUGCGCGCGACACGGCAAACACGCUUGCGACCGAUCCUGCGUCGCUGUCGGAGACUGCGCGCGCAGCGUACGCCCGUCUGGCGCUCCGCAGAUUGACGAGCGCGGAGAACCCGCUCGAUCUCCAACCACUGCUGCGUGAGCCCGCAGACUUUGGACAUACAGGCGUGGGCGGUAAGGGUGGCGUGCAGAAGGCUCUGAAGUGGGUCAGCGACGAGAUUGACCGCGUGGUGCGCGAGCGCGCCGAGCUGGGCGAGAAGCUGGAAGCUGGCUUGCUGGACGGGGACGGCGACAUCGCCAUGGCGUUCAUGUCCGAGCACAAUGCGAAUGGGAAGCGCGGGGCGGACGGACUGGACGUCAAGGACGCCAAGCUGGUCAAGCGGAUCAAGCUGGAGGGGGAUGUCAAAAGAGAGAGCCAUGGGGAGGCGGCGAACGGCGACGCCAAGCCCGAGCCGACGCCGGAUGGCGAGGACGGGCUGCGCGCGCUGCGGCUCGAGCUUGUCGCGCUGUCCAAGUUCUACCCGCUCGCGUCGCUCAAGAAGAUGGACGCGGCGGACGCGGCGCGCCUCCUCCCCUCCAACGUGCGCAACCUCAUGACGCGCCCCGCGGCCAAAUAGGUUGUACAGAUGCAUGGUGUAUG